UCACAAAAGUUAAUACAUGCUUGAUCUGAUUAGUGAUUUGAAUCAUUCUUACAUGAUUGUAUGCUGAGGUGCCUAUCGAUAUAAGGUAAAAUUUCAGGUGCCUUAAACCUGGACCACAUCAUCAUCGUUUUUGCUGAGCCCUACGAUAAAGCCAUGAUGGUAAUGGGUCUUUUAAAGAUGACGCGACAAUAUUGGAGAAUAGGCUAUAUCCUAUUGCACGUGUUAUUCAUCUGUAUAUCACCAACUAUUGGCGACAGAUACUACUACCCGGAUAAACCAUACAUCGACAUAUCGAAUGAAACCGACCAGCCAUGUCCAAAUGGAUGUGAACUCUGUACAGAUUUACGUUUUAUAUGUCACCAGCUUAACAUAUCAAGCAUCCCACAGAACUGGCCUGUCACGCUACAGUACUUAGAGCUGACUCAUCUGCCGAUGAAACGGCCAUUCCCCUUACAUAACGCACCAUUCAAACGAUAUUCCCGAUUGAGAUAUCUAGAUAUAAGUUAUAAUACUUUAACUAUGAUACGGAAUAAUUCUUUUGAUGGACUUUACCAUCUUGAGUACCUGAAAAAGACGGACACCCAUGGUUACUAUUUAUACCCUAAUUAUUAUGGUCAUAUAUCACCUGGGACAUUUAGCUCAUUGAAAAGGCUCAAAUAUCUCGACUUGCAGUACAACGUCCGCAUGGGACUUGAUCACGCUUUGCUCCGAUUGAGGGAUCUACCUCAAGACACUUCUUUAGAUUAUGUGGACUUAUCGUAUACGAAUAAUGCAGACAUUCACCACGAUAUAUUAUCAUACGCGUUAAGAGCAUCACGGUUGGUCGUAUUCGAAAGAUUGAAAGUGAAAGUAUUGAAGUUGGAUGGGAACCGUAUAAGCGCUAUUGACGGAACUUUUGGAGGGUAUCUACAAUCUAUUGAGUAUCUGUCACUUCGGAGAAACUAUCUGAUCCAAUUCACUAGAGGCAUUCAAUGGACAAACAUUCUGUUUAUGUACAAUAUGAAAGUUCUUGAUAUCGGAAGAAACGCUCAGUUACCAGUAAGUGUUGAAAAGAAGCAUGACGAGCAACAGCAAUGUAUACCUUUACCUAUGAAGUUGGAGAAACUAUACGUAGAUAACUUUCAAGUUAAUGAAAAGUUUAAAUUCUAUGAUAAAGGAGUUUGCUUUAAUGUACACAAUUCUUUUCAUUUUUUGGACAUGACAGGGGCAACGCUGAUGGGUUCAGGGGGACCAUUGACGGGCUUAGAAUCCCUCAGAUAUGUCAGCUUGCAGAGUGCUAAAUUGAUCAUCACCAACUCUGAAGCAUUCAACUGUAAAUAUUGGCCCAACAUUCAAACUAUGCUCCUAGGAAAUAUCGACCUUCGGCCUACAUUUGGUGGUACUGACAAAGAUUCAUUGAUAUUUCAAAAUUGUUCAACAUUGGUAUCACUCGAUUUGGAGAACACAAAACUAUCAGGGAUUCCAAAACAAACUUUCAAGGAUAUGAAUCAAGUUCAGUUUAUCAACAUCAGCGGAAAUGGAAUAAAUAAACUAGACGUUGAUUUGAAAAACAACAGGAACCUGACCCUGUUAAAUGCAUCAUCGAACUUCAUAACACACCUCACAUCAUCAAUGAUGUCACAAUUGGAGAUGAUUGCCGCCCAGCCGAAUCACACAUUGAUUGUUGAUAUACAAAACAACCCCCUGCUCUGUGACUGUGGUCAGAUAGAAUUCAUCCAAUGGAUAAAGAGAACGAAAGUAAUGUUACACAACUUCGAUGAUUACUCGUGUUUCUCUGGUGAUGACUCUUAUAACAUAAAAACAUUGGUAAUCAGCGAAUUAGAACUGAGAUGUAAAAUGAAAAUGAUCACCAUAACAACGGUUGCAACCUGUGUCGUCCUUUUCAUUUUUCUCGUCUCCUUAGCGAUAUAUGCCAAACGAUAUAGACUUGAGUACCUAUUGUUAGUAAGUAAGCAAUUUGCAAAGAGGGCGAUAAGGACAAAGAAACAAGCUGAUGAUUAUAGAAAAUUCCGUUACCAUGGAUUUCUAUCCUACAGUAGCCUUGACGAUUUCUCAGUUAUAAUACAAAUUCAGAAGAAAAUGGAAGAAGAAUUUGGUCUCCGACUCGCCAUUCAUGAUCGCGAUUUCAUACCAGGAAAAUACAUCAUAGAGAAUAUCACCAACUUUGUUGAAGUGAGUCGUAAAGUUGUCAUCAUUAUGUCUAACAAUUAUCUUGAAAGCAGAUGGUGUAACUUUGAGUUUGAACUGUCCAGAAAUAAACGCUUGGACGCAACGUACGAUGCAAUGGUGAUGAUAAUGCUCCAUGACAAGGAUGAUUUAAACAAAGCCAAGAUAUCCUCCAGUUUGAAGAGCUACCUAGGACAGAAGACCUAUCUGCCAUGGCCAAAGAAUUCCUCUCAGAAACCAACGUUUUGGCUAAAGCUAAAAGAAGCUCUAGAUUUUGGCGACAUUGAACCACAAUUACAACAGGACAUUCGAAAUGAUUUACCAGAAGCGUUAUAUGAAAACGACGAGGGGACAGUUGGUGGCGCUGAAGAUGGUGAUAGUGACGUGGAACUUGUUAAUCUGGAUGACGCGCAGGAACAAAGUAAUGGAAAAGCUAUCCAAAUAGAAGUAGACGUUCAUGACGAUACACAGCCUUUAAUAUCAUUAUAA